AUGAAAAAGCGUGCUCCAAGUCCUCCACCACUUAGAAAACACCGUAAAAUCCCAUACAAGACCAUUUUACUUGUAAGCUCUAUUUAAGGCUCUUCUUUUAACAAUUUCUGGAGUGAUUUUCUUUUCAGUUGGGAUGACUCAUUAUGGAAAUGGAAGAUUUACAGAUUGGGGUUUAUAUUGGCUUCUAGGCGCCUUAGUUUUUAUUCCAGGCAGUUAUCAUCUAUUUAUAUUCCUCCAACUAAUGCGAGAAACUCCAGGUUAUUCAUAUGACAUGCUUCCAGAUUUCGAUGACUAA